AUGGAAGGUAGUAGCAGAAUAAGCACAACAGGAGUUACAGCACGCAGUUCUGGAAUAUCCAGCGCACUAACUUCAGUCACAGAGAUAGACCAAUCCAAUUUCGACAACGAUGUUCUCCCAGUUCGAACGACGACACCGAUUGAGGAGAUGGUACCAGCCGAUCCAUGGUAUAUGCAUCUACUUUCCGAGUGGUGCGACGCUUGGGGAAAUGUUCGUGAUUUGUGGCGCGCACGAGAUUGUUGGAGCAAGUUAGAUGCAAUCUUAUCCCUCGUCUGUCUACCUGUACGCGUUAUCAGAAGAGCUGCGUCACCUCACAAUAAUAUCACAAUCCCCGAUCAUGCAUCCGUGUGUUACCUAUUCCUGCUGAUGUGUUAUACAUUUGUGUUGAACUUGAUAAGAUUGGAAUAUUCAAACAACAGGCGAGAUACUUUUGUUGCUGUUUGCAUGGCCUUAGCUAUCCCUGCGAUGCUCUACCUCUACUUAUUUACAAAAGAUCGAGUUCGCCACGACCCUUGCCAUGAUGCGCCAGUACGAAUACUUUUUCGCGGCGGACUGUACGUCUUUGGUUUUCUGAGCAUAAUGAACAGCAUUUUUCUUGCGUAUGAUGAAUGGAGUUGCCAUCCUUCAAACAAUAAAGAUGAAACUGGGAACAAAAUUGCGGCAACUGCGCAAUUUGUAAAAGCGUUGUUUGUCGCUGCGGAAACGCUGUUUCUUGGUUACUUUCAUAAAGCAUGUUUUCCGGUGGACACCGCAUUUCUGCAGAUUUCUCUCGCACAUAUUUUGGGCACUAACUUAGCGCUUUGGUUUUGGACACUUUGCGAAGAAGCAGAGCCUCGACUUAUUUCAUAUUGCAAAAGUUCAACAAGCUUGAAUUGGCGUGUCUAUAAGAAAUACUUCUACCCUAUUUUUGUCGAAUAUCUCAUCCUUGCAUUAUCCAUACUCUAUGGGCUCUGGAUGAAUUUAAGGAAGGCGGAGGAGGAACGGUUUUGCCGCUUCUGCAAGAAUUGUGCGAGUUGUCUUUACCGUAGUCAAAAUCCUGUCCAUGAAGAGCAAAGUAAUGAUGCAACCACCUCACGUCGAGAGCGGUAUAUACCUCGCUGCGGCUUCGGAAUAAUGAUUGGAAUGACUUAUGUUGCCGUGUUUUUGGUUCUCAUGCUGUUGGCAAUAUAUGAGGCUAAUGAUUAUAGCGAUGAUAGUACAAAUUAUGAUACACUUUCAAGAUUUAAAUAUUAUUGCUACGGAUCAGUCGUAAUGUACUUAACUAUGAUUUGUGCGUGCUACAUUAUCCUUGCUUCUCUCAGAUCACCAAACAAUCCACAGCGAAUCCGUUCUAUUGACUACGAUGAUGUCCUGUUGUAUAUUUCGCUAAUGGGAAUUCUUCUUUUAGAAGGAUUUCAUCUUACAAGCAAAAUAAUAACAGGACGAAAAUACCCUUAUCUCGUGGCUGUUGAUAUUUGCGGCACUGUUCAGCAUUUGACCCAAGCCGUCACGCUCAUGAGCUUAAGUCAUUAUCGUGAGGGCGCUAGUCAUCGGAAUAAAGCUUGGAUAUGCGAGUGUAUCCUAUUCUUGCUCUUAACCAAUCUUGCCUGGUGGAUUGAAGACUCGUUUUAUUUGAAGCCUGAAUUGGCAAGGCCUGGUGAAGUCGAAACAAUCGAAGGAAUAGAAACGUAUGGUACAAUUGUAAAACCAAUGGUGAUUUUCUUCCGCUUCCAUUCUGCUACAUAUUUCUACAAUGCCUGGACAAUUUACCGAGUAUGAGCAAUGGAUGUCAGAGUACUAAAUCAUUUCGUGGUGCAAACUGCGCACUCUAAAUGACGCUCUCUACGUCGGGAUAAAAUUGCAGUUGAAGCACAACAUGUAUAUAGUAGCCUGACUUUUCGAUGGGGAAGGGGGGGGGGGGGGGAGUCAGGCUGCACGCGGGCUACUAUAUAGCUGAGACUGCCAGAUUUAAAAUAGGGGUAUCAAAAUAUUCAACCGUUCAAUCAUCGUGUUGUUCUUUUUAAAAUGAGCAAAAUAAAGUGCGCUUAAGUGAAAUAGUCUAUAUAUAAUUGGGUUUUCCUCUGAGCAACAUUAAUUUGCAUACUCAAAUUAACUUGCAUGCAUGCAGUUCUGCUAUACGGCAAUAUAUAUCUCAAACUCAUUAAUAAUUCAUGACGGUAAAUUGGCCAACCAUAUUACUUUAUUUUGCUCACUUGAUAAUACUGGAUAAUACAGCUUCGCCUCGGACUUGAUCAAAUUGCACGGACUUGAAAUCUAGUCCAGUCCUCAUAGUCGGAUUUGAAAUAUUACUUCUCAAACUUAUUAAUAAUUCAUGACGGUAAAUGGACCUUUCCCCUUAUAACUAAAAUUUCGAUCUAGACAAAAAUUUCAUCACAGCUUGAAAGAGCAUCACAAAAUUAGUAAUAUUCCAAAGUUUUGUUGCAAAAUCUUGUAAAAUGUGGGAAAUUGACAUCCGAUUCGGGUGUUGGGGCUGCAAUUUCCCGUUUGUAAUGCAAAAUGACUGAAAAUUGCAAAUUUCGCAAGGCUAUAUUUUCCUCAUUUUACAACAUUUCGCAACGAAACUUUGGAAUAUUACUAAUUUUGUGAUGCUCUUUCAAGCUGUGAAUGAAAUAUUUGUCUAGACUUGCCUAGAUCAAAAUUUUGGUUAUAAGGGGAAAUGUCUAUUGGCCAACCAUAUUACUUUAUUUUGCUCACAUGAUAAUACUGAAUAUCUAGUGAAGAAUAUUGAUCCGGUUCUAGGACUGGAUGAGAAUUAAUUCAGUUCUUGGACUGGAUCAAAAUCACGCUUUAAUUUAGUAGUGAUUUAUUCGUAUGAGAUGUAAUUUCAAAUCCUCCAAUUCGGACUGGACUAGAUUUCCUCGCAUCAAAUUACGCGGACUUGAAAUCUAGUCCAGUCCUCAUAUAGUCGUCGGAUUUGAAAUAUUACGUAAAGCAUGGACGGAUGUUGAACAAUUGAAUACUUUGACACGCAUAUUUCAAAUCUCUCAUCCUCAACUACAUGUUGUCAUUUAAACUGCAAUUUUAUACCGAAACAGAACGUGUUAUUUAGUUUAGCACAGUUGCGAUUAUUGACUGGUCCAUUCAAUUUUCAUUAUAGUUAUUUGUUAAAAGAUGAAAAUAUGCAAAUCAUCAGUUUUUAUUAUGGGUCAAAAUCGGUAAAAAAUUUCCUUCAUAGUCAAGGGUUCCCACGUGACGUAACCUUGGACGUUUAAUUGGGCGUAAAUUUUCUUGGGGUUAUUCAUGAUUUUAGAAGAUAUAAGAAUACUGUGUGUUCCGGAAAAAAUGAAGCAGGUAAAUGUUCCAGAUUUUUACACCGCCUAUUAUUAGUUGGCAUCUAAAAUUUAAUGUGAAAGAUUAAUUUUGACACUAAGAUUAUUAAAAUCAGUCUAGUAGAACCAAUGUUAUUGUUUUAAAAUAAAGUCUGGUUCACCCAAUGGACCAUUGAAAUUGCAUCAGUUUGGUAAAGUAUUAAUAGGUUUGAUGACCUCUUACUUUUAAUAGCCAUCUCUUAGAUUAUCUGUGUAAAAAUCUGGUACAAAUCUAUUGCAUUUUUUUCCCUGUUACCCUGUAUAACAUUUAAUAAUUCAUAACUUUCAUGCAUUUGAAUCCGGGUGUAUUCUUAAUCGGUUUUGAGUUUUUUUUAUUUAAUUCUUUUUUUGUAUAACAUUAAAUAAUUUAUGGAAGGGUUUAAAUCCGGGUGUAUUCUUAAUCGGUUUUGAGUUUGUUGUUUUUUAAUUGUUUGCUUUUUUGUUGUCUGAUGUGUCGGUUGAAUGAAUGAAUAAUGAAUCCAUUUUAUACGUCAGAGAAAAAAAUUCGUGCAAGCAAACAGCAAAUUAAAGUGUAAAUAGUCUUGAAAAAAUUCUUGCAGAGGUUAAAUGUAUAAAAAAAAUCCUGCAGAGACAUGAGACUGAAAAAAACGUCGUGCCGCAAAAAUUUUAUACCCCCUCCCCGGGAUUUCUAAUGGUCCGCCUCUUAUUUGAACUUGAACUUCCGGUCGAAGCCCUCGCGUAAAAUUUAUAUAUUUUGAAAUACCGAAAUAAAAGAUGCAAAUCUACAUGCUUGAAAAUAACACUCUAAAUAGUAUCUUGGAUUGUGAUUCGAAUAAAGGCUGAUUUCCAUUGUUGCGUUUUUCAUACGCACGUAUACGCACGUAAAACUUUAAAUCCGUUUAAAUGUUACUUGUGAAAUAACCAAAUAAAUAAAGCAACAGAAUUUAAUGUUCCGCAAGUUUUAGUAUGCAUUUGUUAAUUUAUUUGUAAAAUAUUUAAAAAAAAGAAGGAUUCAAAGUUUUACGUGCGUACGAAAAACGCAACAGUGGAAAUCAGCCUUAAGACUAAUACGAAAAAGAUACGUUGAAAGAGGCCGAAAUUAUAUUCGGCAAAAGGUGAUAUACAUUACGUUGUCCGAGUAUAUUGUAUAUAGGUAUUGUAUGGCUAGUUUACAUUGUUCGAGUAUGCGUAUGGCUAGUUUUUAUUUUAUCGCUAUUUUACAUUGUUCGAGUAUAUAGUAUUUUUCAAGCGGAAUGUUUUGGUGGUAUUUUCAUAUUUCUACUGCAAGUACUGGCGGAGUUCUUUAAUAUUUAAUCUUCCCGUCAUAUUUGGCGGGAAUCUAUAAUUGCGGUCGAAUGGUGUUAAAUAUUGAUUAGAUAGCAAACCAAAUUAUAAUGUUACCAAAUUAUAAUGUAUCACUACUUUCAUUCUUCAACAAGGUAACUUCAAGAUUUGAGAUGGCAAAUAACUAAAUCAGUUUUACGAAGUAGCACAUCGUUUUCGAAACUAACCAGGCUAUAAAGUAGACCAGGUUGAGAUAUAUAUAGUAACUUUGUUUGGAAGCUCAGGGUGGAGGAAGGAGAGUAGUAUAGAAUUGAUGUAGUAAUCACUGCCACUUUCCAAUGGAUAUUAGAAGUACUAACGUUUCUACUGGAGUAUCAAUGGUCUGUUUUUUCUCUCUAUGAUUACAGAUUGUUGGCUGGAGUUUGGCCGAAGACUUGGUCACAUACAUUACCAAAGGAAUAAACAACUUCAGGAAGGUAAAUAAGUCAGUUAUCAACAAUGAAGAAACGAGAGUUUAACAGAAUAAAAAGUAGUAUAAAUUGCUUUCUUCAAUUGUAUGUAAAUAUCUUCAUAUAUUCUUUCAGAUACAAGCGUGUACGAUGCUAUCUCAGCUUUUAAAUAGGAAGGUAAAGGUUUUAAGGUGCUAUACACGGUUCAAUACGUCUUCGACAAAACGCAUGAGUUCUCGUAAAAUCACUCACCGGACUUUUCUGACCACUUUUCCAUCAAAACGCCAUAAAAAAGCCUAUUUUCAUUUUAGGUUCACUGUCAAAAUGAGAGUUUAAAAACAAUAGCAAAACCUUUGCAAGAAGCUUUUCAUUCGGUAAGUCUUCUUAUGGGCGAAUGUGCAUGUAGGUUCUGUUUCUUUAUCAAGACUGCUUCGGAUUGUGAGGGACACAACUAUACCUGGAAAAUUUUAGCAGAACUUCGAUGUUUUGUGCACUGCAGGACCAUAUUAUAUCAGGCCCGUAGCUGAGGGGGGGCAUUGCCCCCCCCCCCACUCAGUGGGGCAGUGCCCCCCCCCCCACUCCGAAAUUUGGUAUGAAAAAUUGAGAUAAAGGACCUAGAAACCAAUUGUAAUCAUGUGACAAAUUUAAUGUGACAAUGAGAGCCAGCUACGGGCUUGUAUUCUAUACUUGCAAAUACUGAUACAAGUCAUUCUACUUUCAGACAUUCACUCAACUGUCAUCUUCUGAAAUGAAAGCUAAGCAUUUGAGACAGAUUUUAAAGUUGGCUUCACAGUUUGUGAAGAUUUUGAAAGCAGAGUCUACUGUAAGUAAAAUAUAUAAAAUAUAUGAAUUUAGAUGUUUAUACUUGUGUAUAUAUACAUACUAAACCAUUCGCUUCUUCCAUGAAAAUUUCAUUUUGGUAUUUAGUUAUGGUCGUUGCUGGAUUCACAACGGUUAGAGGAGUCACUAAAUAUCGCCUUGGAAAGCAAGACAGCAGAAAGAGCAAAUGAUUUAAGGAAUUUGAUAAGUCGUUUGAAAGCUGAAAUAACCGGGUACGUAUAUGUUGGUACUAUUUCGGUAUUUCAUCAGUAUAUAAACAAAGGGAUAAAAGCUCAGUUCAAGCUAGAGAGGGUCCUGAAGAGGGGGGGGGGGUCGUAUUCCCAAUUCCCAGCCCAAAUUUUGACUAAAUCCCAUUGUCCCAGAGCACAAAUCCCAUCAUCUCAGUGGCUAUCCUGCUCAAAUCUUAACCCCAUUCCCAUUUUCUAUUGUUUUUUUUUGCUGAUGAAUCCCAGUCCCAGUGCAUGAAACUGCCAUUUUCCCACUCAAAAAUAAGCAAAUCCCAGUUCCCAUUUUACCCCCUUCAGGACCCUCAACUAGAGGCUGAUGAUUAAUUCGUCAGUAUUACCCAUGCUGAUGGAUUAUCCAUGACACUUUUUGAACUAUAUGAACUAUAUCCAGACAAACUAUCGCUAGAAUAGCUCGUUCUGUACAGGCAACGAUUCUAAGGGAAAGACAUGCCUGCCACUGGUAUUUUUUUAUAUUGCAUUUAUUGCCGUAUUCCUGCACAGACAAAUUAGCUACGCUUACCACUAGCUCGUCUGCGUGGGUGAUAAGUUAGUUCUGCCGUAUGCUUCACGUUCUGCUUAUUGCAUUUAUGCACAUGUAAAAAUUACUCUCGCUGUUCAUUUAGGACAGCCAAUGAGGGAAACACGGAAAAGAAGUCGAAAAAGAAAAGAAAACGAAAGCUUAGUGAAGGUGCAACGUCAAAUGAAACUCCCAAAAAUGAACUUCAAAAUGGCGGAACCCUGGACAAUGAGAAAGUCGUUUCGAAGAAAAAGAAGAAAAUGAAAAGUAAAAAGAAAGUGUAACGAGGAACGAUGAAACACGACUUUUUUCUGGGUUAUCGACUAUGUGUAAUAUGGGGAAUAACCGAAUAAGAAAUCACAUAAAAAUCCUCGGGCAAAACUAUAUAGAUUACUAUAGCGGAAUGAAUCGUGCAAGUCAUGCCCGACUCAUGCCCAUAUGCUUCCAAGGCGAAAGAUAUAUAGAAAAUAAACAGCGAUAAUUCUAUUGAAUAAUGAGUUUGUCGAAUUAUUGACCAAUGGAUUGAUCGAUGUAUUGAUCAUAUUGAUUAAGUAAUUGAUUAUUGGCCGUCUGAGACCAUACCUCCGACGUCACAUGUAAAGAUGUCUUCUAAUAUACGGCCAAUGGCUGUGAUGAAAUUAGUUUAAUUUUUAUGAAUUGAUGGGCUGAUGGA